CAAAUUCGGCGACGAAAAAAAGGGCAAAUUCGCCGUUAGGGUUCAUAUUCUCACCAAAAACAAUAGCUUCUCAGCUUAUUUCGAUUCACAUAUAUAUAUAUAUAUAGAGAGAGAGAGAGAGAGAGAGAGAGAGAGGGGUUCCAGAACCAGUCUUCACCUUAUCUGCUCAGGCAUCGUCGCCUAGGGUUUCGUUUGCCGCUUCCACGCAGCUCUUUGCCUGAAGGGUUGUUCGCGCCUUUUGAGAGCCUAUUGUGCAGCUUAUCCCAAUAGCUUGUAGUCAUGGCUGACAAGGAUCAAGUUGUGGCAACCGAUGCGACUUCCCUCAUGGAACAGCUUGGUAAGGCAUUUAUUGAACUGGAAUCUCACAAAGAAGCUGCUGAGGACAGGAUUCAGUGGUCCGAAAUUGAAGCACACUUUCACCAGCUUGAGACAGUGAUGAAGAGCAAAAUGGAAGAAUUAGAAGUUAGGGAGAAGGAAUUUAAAGAAAUAAAAUCAGAGACUUCUAAAAUGCUUGCAGAAAAAGAAAGUGCUGUUGCUGCUAAAGAGCAAGAUAUGUUUGACCGACUUCAGGAGUUAAAAGAUGCUGCUGUUGCCGCCAUUGCAGAGGCACUGGCAAAUCACCAGCCAGAACUUUCAGAGCCAGUUGAUGGUGGAGACAUCAAAGAGUCGAAGGUAAGUAGCUUUCUUGGUGAUUCAAAUGCAAUCCAUGAUGAUUUGGAGGAGAAUUCCCCCCAUAAAAUGGGUGAAAAUGCUGAAGGUUUGGCUGGCGAGGUGAAACCUCGACCAGAGCUGACGCAAUUUUGCGGACAGAUGGAUGCAAAAGGGCUUCUGACCUAUACGAUGGAGAAUCAAAAAAAUAUAUCUGACAUUCAGGCAGAACUUUCCAUUGCACUUGAAAGUGCAAGUGAACCAGGCCAUUUAGUGCUGGCUACACUGGAGGGUUUCUACCCUCCUGAUGACACCACCCAAGAAGGGGAUAAAAGGGACGCCGCCCUUGAGGGCAUGCGUCAUUCCUGUCUUAUAUUUAUGCAAGCCAUGGCCACCUUUUUGGCAAGGGCUGACCCAGGAUCCGAUCACCUUUUGAACCCUGAAAUUAAGCAGCAAGCCAAGGCCAUUGCUAAUGAGUGGAAGCCUAAGUUGGCUGAUGCAGACAUUGAUGCUGCCAAUGGAAAUUCAUUGGAAGCUGAGGCAUUCUUGCAGCUCCUUGCAACAUUUAGAAUUGUGUCAGAGUUUGACGAAGAUGAACUCUGCGAGCUUGUUCUUGUAGUUGCUCACCAGAGGCGAGCACCUGAGCUCUGCCGUUCUCUUGGAUUAACACACAAAAUACCAGGUGUUGUUGAAUCAUUGGUCAACGGAGGGAGACAUAUUGAUGCUGUGCAUUUUGUCCAAGCGUUUGAGCUUUAUGAAAGCUUUCCUCCCGUGCCCCUUCUGAGGACAUAUCUGAAGGAUUUGAGGAGGAACUCACAAGGAAAACAUGGAAACUCUGUAGGCACUGCUGCUGCUCGGAAUGAUGCUAAUUCUCAAGAACUUGCAGCACUGAAGGCUGUUAUUCGAUGUGUUAAGGAGUACAAGCUGGAGGCUGAGUACCCACUUGAUCCACUUCAGAGAAGGGUUAUGCAGCUAGAGAAUUCAAAGCCUGAAAGGAAGAGGCCAGGAGAGUCGGGUAAGCAGCAGCAACAGCAACAAAAGAAGCCACGAGCGAAUGGAGGAUUUUAUGGGUUCCGUGCAACCAGUUCUGCUGCUGGAAGACCUGGUCCGCCAGCUUUUGCUCAGAGAACAAUGUAUGCAGGAGGAAUGCCCGAGAGGAGUCCACACGCUGCUGGGCUGUCAACCUAUGAUUACCAAACUCCUACACAGACUGCAUAUGCUCAGCAAGCUUAUGAUCAGAGAUCAUACUAUUACGCCCCGGAAGACAGGGCCACUGCGGCUUCAUACAAUGCUGCUCCAUCUAGUUAUGGCAGUUAUGCGGGCAGUGGAGUUCAACCUUCCCACCAGCAGUACAUGUAAACCACUAAUGCGAGUUUAGCUCUGGCAGUUUUAGUUAGGUGGAGGUGCUGCUGCUGCUCGACCUGGUUAUCUUAUGAUUUCUGCUUCCUUUUUCCUGCUGCUGCAAGCACGAUGGAAUCUCCCGCAGAAGUCCUUUUUGUUCAGGGAUUUUGGGGAUCCCCUCUAGCUGUAAGCAACAUAACUUGCUACACAUAUGGGAAUGUACCAUCAUAUUGCCCUAAAUUGUAGUGUUGGUGCCUAUGAUUGUUUUACUUUACCUUAUGUAGCUGUUAUUACCGGUUGAACUGAAAUCACAAUCUAUAACCCAUAUGCAUUGACGGAGGCUGGACUGCAGGAGGAUUUUAUUUUAUUAGUUGUUGUAGUUUAUACAAUACAAGGCCCUGUUGGUGCUUGCUCUUA